AUGGGCACUAGAAAUAUUAAUUUAAUAUCUAAAUAUGAGUCUGCUUUUGCUGAAGAAAAUUGGAACGAAUUGUUCAACCUACUUAAUCCUAAAUUAUUUAUAACUCCCGAAUCCGAGGAAUUAAUUGCUUUUCCACUGUUAGCAAAAGUUGCACAAAUCUUAAUAAUAGAAGACCCUAUUGUUCCAAACAAUAUCAAAAUAGCUUGCUUAAAGUGCUUAGGAAAUUCUUGCUACAAUAGCUAUAUACACAAAAAUUAUGCUUCCACUAACAUUGAGCAAGCAACAUAUCAUAAAUUGUAUUCCAUGCUAGCAAAUAAUGAAAACUUGAAAGAAAUACAAAGUUCUAAUUCUUAUCCAUUUGAUUCCCAUUUUCCUUAUGAAGGUGUAAUAGAAUGGGCAUCAAAUUUUAUUACAUCUUGUAAAAUUAACAGUGUUUUGCUGGAUGAGAAAUUAGAAAUUUUAAGAUUGUGUAUUCAGUUUCUAUGCAAUUUGUUUACCUGUGCAUACAAAGAUAGUAGUUUUCCAGAUUGUUACAAUAUACCACAAUAUUUGUAUGAUACUAAUUUGAAAGGUGUGAUAAUAAAUAUAACUAGUUUGGACCAUAUUCAACUGGUUAGAGCUUCCUGUAUAUUUAUACAUAAUGCUUUAAAGGAAUUUGGAGAAGAAGUUUUCACAGAAACAGAGAAAACACAAAUAUUUUCACAACUAUUAAAACCAAUUAAAGAUGGGUUUGAAAGUGCAAGAGAAGCUUUGAUGAUUUUAUUGUGUCAAACAAAAGUACUGCAAAGUGCAUACAAGAAUAUGACUACUGAAAAUAAAUUAUUUUUAUUAGAAUUAAUUUACAACGAAGUCUCAAAGUCAACACAUAAAUCAAAAGAAGAAUAUGUAUUCACAGAUGAUACAGUUAUAUUUCUAAUUGAACGAUUUUGCAGAAUAAGUGACUUAAUUCUGAAAACAGUAGAUACAUAUGUAGGUGCAUAUGUAGAUGAAAUAGAUCCUACAGAAAUUGUUAUUCUUCAUGAUAUUCUUGGAAUCUUGACAUCUGGAUCUUACAAAGAAUACAGUAUACUGAAGGGUUACAAAAGUCUGCUUGUUAAUUGCACUUAUUUAUUAAAAUCUAUUCAAAUCAUUGGAAAACAAUCACACAAUUAUUUCACACCAUUGCAAAAAUUAAGUGAUGUAGCCCUAGCGAUGCAAGAAGCCAGAAAUAACGAACCAGAAACAAAUUCAAACAGUACUAAAGCCAAGGGAAACGAAAGUGAAACAAAUUCAGCAGAGAGUAAUCUUCAAAGUCAUCCAGCUUUUGGUUUCAAAGCUGGUUUAAUAAGGAUCAUAGGAAACAUGUCAUACAGGAACAAGGAAUGUCAGGAUCUGCUCCGCGAAAUGGAAGCCGUACCUCUGCUGUUGGACUGCUGCAAUAUAGACGCGAGAAAUCCGCUUAUAAUGCAAUGGACGAUCCUCGCGCUGCGGAAUUUAUGCGAGGAUAAUCCGGCGAAUCAGGAGAUCAUACGGAAUUACACGAGAGUCGGCGUCGUGGAGAACAGCGUGCUGCAGGAAAUGGGUGUCACGCUGCACGAGGACGAAGAAGGGAGGAAGAUGGGAAUCGUACCCCUGCCGCGUGAGGAAAAGUCAUAAUUAAAGUCGAGAUAGGAGGUUUUUUUUUUUUUUGCUUGUUGUUGCCGUUCCACUUGAUGGAAAUUUUAAUUGGCUCGGUGAGGAAAUGGCCGAUAAAGGAUAAUUGGUUCGGAGGAUCAGGCUGUCUUGCGGUUUUAAGGACGAAUUUGUUCUACUUAACUACUUGGGGCAGAGGACUUUUUUAGAUAAAACGAGGCUACAGUUGUAUGGAAAUUUUGUUUUGAACGAAUGUAGCGAAGUAGGUUUGUUUUAUCGAAAUUAAAAUAAAAGUGGUUAGAUAGUUAAUUAUUAGGUGGGGGACAUAAAUGGUUCUACUGUGAAAUUGGGUGCACAGGAUAGGCGUAGAAAUUUUACUUUUUAAAAAUGUAACAAAGUAGGUU